CCAUUAGUAGGAUUGAUUCUCACUUUCGCUCAAUCGACAGCGAUGGCGUCGACGCAGUCCUUGACCGUCGCAGCGAAGACGCUACGCAACCGGAUCUUCUCCAGAUCCGGAUCUACAUCCGCCGGCCCGAGUAGAUGGGCCACGCCGGGUCACGAAGAACGGCCCAAAGGCUACUUCAUGAACCGCACUCCUCCGCCACCGGGACAAUCGCGCAAAUGGGAAGAUUGGGAGCUUCCUUGCUACAUCACGAGCUUCCUCACGAUCGUCAUCCUAGGCGUCGGGCUCAAUGCUAAACCUGAUCUUUCGAUCGAGACUUGGGCUCAUCAGAAGGCCCUUGAACGCCUCGAGAUGGAGAGGCUCGGAGAUUCUUCCGAUUGAGGAGCAUCACUGUUAUAAAGACUUUGGAGUUUUAGGGUUUCCUUUUGUGGAUAAUGAUGAAAUAAAGUUUAUUUUUUAACUGCAUAACAAAUCUCAAAGUUGAUCACUUUUUGAUCAACAUCUGCAAUUUGAUUGGUAUUUUUCUGAAUGA